AAUGAAGCAUUUUGGUCACUCUGCCUGAAACAGUCUGGCAACUCAGAACCGGACCACCUGAUGGGAACGUCGGAAAAGGAGGGAAGAAAAACAUUAAUAUAUAGUUUGUUAUUCCUAUAACAUUAAAGGAACCGCGAAAAUGGGUGGCGGAGAUCUGAACUUAAAAAAAUCGUGGCAUCCAAACACAAUGAAAAAUCAGGAGCGUGUUUGGAAAGCGGAGGAGCAAGCAAAAAUGGAGGAACAGAAACUGCAGGACCUGAGAAAGGAAAUCAACGAGGAGCGGGAUAGAGAGGAGCUGAAAAGACUAGGCGAGAGUAGUGGUGUUCUAUCUGGAAGUGCUGGAGCUGCCGGCGCUAAGUUGGAAUGGAUGUAUAAAAAUAGCACCGAGCUAAUAAACCGCGAGGAGUACCUUCUGGGACGAAAGAUCGACAAGUCCUUUGAGACUCUGCAGGCCGAGGAGAGUCGACAAGAGCAAAGCGUCCUAGGAGUCAAGCAGUCUAUUAACCAUGUUGAGCACGAUUGCGUCCCCUUCUCCAUCAGACACUACCGCUCCCUGCAGUCAAAUGAGCAAGUGGACAUACAGCGCAAGACUCUUGAAGAUCCGCUUAUGCUCAUCAAACAGCGUGAGAUGGAAUCACGUCGCAAACUUCUAGAGAAUCCCGUCAAGCUAAAGGAAAUUCAUCGAAUCCUAAAAACCGAACAAGACCUAAAAUUCGCUAAGGAAAAACAAAAAUCGAACAGUAAAAAAUCUAAGAAAAAAAAGAAAAAGAGUAAAAAUUCGAGUGAUUUGGACUCUAGUAGUGAUAGUAGUAACUCUGAUGAGGACUUAGACCGAAUGUUGGCUCGCCAAGUUAGCAAACUGAAAGGAGAUUCCCAUAAUAGUGAAUUAAAACUGGAAAAACUGCUAGAUGCAAAAUAUAGGACUAUAUCAAAACAACUAGACAUUGCCACUAAAAAAAAAGGGAACAAAAAAUCAAAGAAAAAAACUCGCUACAGUAGUGAAGAAAGCAGUAACGAAAGAGAAAAACAGAAGAAAUCAAGGCAAAGAAGCCGGGAAAGUCCCCAUAGGACAACCCGAAGCAGGAGUCCAGAAGCCAGAAAUAUAAACCAGAGGCGUCAAGAAAGGAGUAGGAGUCGAGACGACAGGAACGCGAGACGCAGCGCACAGCAGAGUAUAGAAAGGGACAGGAAUUUUGAAAAAAGGAUUGAAAUGAGGAGAGAGAGGAGGCGGAGUCCGGAGGAGAGGUCAAAUCGAAGAGGCAAAAGUACAGACGUGAGAAAAGGCAUUUCCACGCACCGAGAGAGACGCAGAAGUAGGAGUCGCGAUGAUCGGCCAGUUAACAAACGCAGUCCACGACACGAUCGCAUAAGGCAGCCUCAAAGUCGAAACAGGGAUCCUCCAUCCAAGCGUCCUACUUCUCCCGCCCGAAACAGUGGAAAACCCAAGCUUAGCCAAGCCGAUCGGGAAGCCCGCCUGCGCGAGAUGAUGGACAAUGCCACCUGGAGAGAGGCAGAUCGCAGCCAGGCGGUGCGCAAACACCGAGAGGAAUACGCUCGGGAAGAAGCUCAACACCAAGAACGCGAAUUUGACAAGGAGUUUAUCAAUAAGGAGGUCAAAAAGGCUAUAGCUAACCAGAAUUCAAUCGGCGAUCGUAUACGGGCUAACCUGAACAAUAUACAACGCACAGCCUCCUCCAUGGACACGAACUUUGCCCGAAAGUAAACUAAAAUUCUUUUAUUUGACAUGCAUAUUUUAAUAUGUAAUGGUUAUGCAACAAAUAGAUUAAACCUGAACUUUUA